AUGGAAAAGGGGCACUCGGCAGCGGACGAGCCAACAUCAGCCUCAUACCCUAAGCCCACCACUAAUCAUCCCGGGUCUUCCACAAGUUCCGCCUCGUCAGUUAGAUCAGAUAUAACCAAAAACUUCGAACCUGUCCGCACUACUAGCCCAGAACCCGAAUCCAAUUCCUCAGGAACACGGCUGAACGAUGAGAGUCUCGCAAACACAAUCAGUCGUCGGCGCAGUUAUGCCUCCGGACACGAAACAAAAGGGGAGGAAUGGGCACAGAUCGAAAGAUUGAUAUCACGGAUGUUCGGCCAGGAACGGAAAGAAAACUCUGAAGAAGAGAAAACACGACAUGUUGGAGUUGUAUGGAGGAAUCUUACAGUCAAGGGUGUCGGUCUUGGUGCUGCGCUCCAGCCUACCAACGGAGAUAUCUUCCUAGGGUUACCCCGGCUCAUCAAACGACUAUUGACUCGUGGGAGAAAGGGUACUGGGACUGGAAAGCCAUCUAUUAGAACAAUCUUGGACGAUUUUAGCGGUUGUGUACGCCCUGGAGAGAUGCUACUUGUCCUGGGUCGUCCUGGGUCGGGUUGUUCCACGUUUUUGAAAGUGCUUGGCAACCAAAGAGCUGGAUACGAAAGUAUUGAAGGUGAUGUGCGAUAUGGAGGAACUGAGUCCGAAAAGAUGGCAAAGCACUAUCGGUCUGAAGUUUUGUACAACCCCGAGGAUGAUCUCCACUAUGCAACUCUGUCGGUGCGAGAUACUCUGCUUUUUGCAUUAAAGACUCGUACUCCGGAAAAGGCCUCGCGUAUCCCAGGAGAGAGCCGCAAAGACUAUCAGCAGACAUUCCUUACGGCGAUUGCCAAGUUGUUCUGGAUUGAACAUGCCCUAGGGACAAAAGUUGGUAACGAGCUAAUUCGUGGAGUCUCUGGAGGCGAAAAGAAAAGAACCUCAAUUGCAGAGGCUAUGGUCACAAAGGCUAGCACCCAGUGUUGGGAUAACUCAACAAAAGGCUUGGAUGCCAGUACAGCCUUGGAAUAUGUCCAGAGUCUCCGAAGCUUGACAAACACCGCUCACGUCUCUACCGUAGUAGCUCUUUACCAGGCCUCAGAAAACCUAUUCAAUCUUUUUGACAAGGUGAUUCUGAUUGAGGAUGGAAAGUGCGCCUUCUUUGGUCCUAGUCAUGACGCCAAAGUCUAUUUUGAAAGACUGGGCUUCGAAUGCCCUCCGCGUUGGACAACACCCGACUUCUUGACGUCUGUCAGCGACCCUCAUGCAAGACGCGUAAAGCCUGGCUGGGAAGACCGAAUUCCUCGCACAGCUGACCAAUUUCAAGCGGCAUAUCGUCAAAGUGAUACAUUCAAAGGCACGCUUGCAGAUAUUAAAAAGUUCGAGGAGGAGAUCAAGAGCGAGGAACAUGAGCGAGAAGCGGCAAGAAAGAACAUGAAGCAGAAGAAUUACACGGUUCCGUUUCACAAGCAGGUGUGGAUUCUUACACACCGUCAAUUCCUGGUGAUGUUUGGUGACAGGCAAUCGCUUAUUGGCAAGUGGAGUGUGAUUACAUUCCAAGCUCUCAUUGUUGGGAGUCUGUUUUAUAACUUGCCUGACACAAGUGCUGGCGUUUUCACGAGAGGUGGAGUCAUGUUCUUCAUCUUGUUGUUCAAUGCAUUGCUCGCUAUGGCAGAGCUGACGGCGGCAUUUGAGAGUCGGCCCAUUUUGAUGAAACAUAAAAGCUUCUCCUUUUACCGCCCAGCAGCAUAUGCGCUCGCUCAAGUUGUGGUUGAUGUGCCUCUGGUUCUCAUCCAAGUCGUGCUAUUCGACGUGGUUGUAUAUUUCAUGGCAAACCUUGCGCGCACAGCGUCGCAGUUCUUUAUCAAUUUACUUUUCAUUUUUAUGUUGACCAUGACUAUGUACUCCUUCUUCCGUGCCCUAGGAGCUCUGUGUGCCUCAUUGGACGUUGCAACGCGUCUUACUGGUGUUGCUAUCCAAGCGCUAGUUGUCUACACAGAAAAGUUGGCAUUAAUUAACGCAAGUGCUCAAGGCUAUUUGAUUCCUCCAUGGAAAAUGCACCCUUGGCUAAAAUGGCUCAUUUGGAUCAACCCCGUCCAGUAUGCAUUCGAAGCUUUGAUGGCAAAUGAAUUCUACGGUCUCAAGAUCAAGUGUGAACCGCCAUAUAUUGUCCCCGACGGACCAGGUACAUCACCAUCUCACCAGAGCUGUGCAAUCCAAGGCAGUAGCCCAAACUCUUUAAUUGUCGAUGGAUCCAGGUAUAUUGAAACGGCAUACACCUAUAGCAGAGCUCAUCUCUGGCGGAACCUUGGUAUCAUCAUUGGGUGGUUGAUUUUGUUCAUCUGCUUAACAAUGUUAGGAAUGGAGUUGCAAAGACCAAACAAAGGUGGAAGCUCAGUCACGGUGUUCAAACGGGGCGAGGCACCCAAGACAGUUCAAGACGCCAUCGAGGAUUCCGGUCCGCCAGCCGAUGAGGAGUCAACUGAGAAGAAUGAUAGCACUUCCGACAUGAAUGGCGAUGAAUUCAAAGAUGCCGGGCAAAAGGUCCAGGGGAUUUCCAAGAACACGUCCAUCUUCACUUGGCAGAAUGUCAAUUACACCAUUCCCUACAAAGGUGGCGAGAGACAGCUGUUGAAAGAUGUGCAGGGCUAUGUCAAGCCAGGCCGGCUUACUGCACUGAUGGGUGCAUCUGGUGCUGGAAAGACAACGCUGCUUAAUGCCCUAGCUCAGCGAAUCAAUUUCGGCGUGGUCACCGGCAAUUUCUUGGUUGAUGGAAAACCUCUUCCCAAAAGCUUCCAAAGAGCAACUGGUUUUGCGGAGCAAAUGGAUAUACACGAGCCCACAGCCACUGUACGGGAGUCUCUCCGAUUUUCUGCCCUUUUACGCCAACCGAAGGAAGUUCCAUUGCAAGAGAAAUACGAAUAUUGCGAGAAAGUGAUCGACCUUUUGGAAAUGCGACCUAUUGCAGGCGCAACUGUGGGAUCUGCGGGCUCGGGUCUCAACCAGGAACAACGAAAACGUCUGACUAUCGCAGUGGAGCUGGCAAGUAAGCCUGAGCUGCUCCUGUUUUUGGAUGAGCCAACCUCUGGUCUCGAUUCACUUGCUGCGUUCAACAUUGUACGAUUCCUUCGGAGACUAGCAGAUGCUGGCCAGGCUGUCCUCUGUACGAUUCAUCAACCUUCUGCUGUUUUAUUUGAGCAGUUUGACGAGCUUCUAUUGCUGAAGAGCGGUGGAAGUGUGGUCUAUAAUGGGCCACUUGGAAACGAUUCCAAGAUGCUCAUUGAGUAUUUUGAACGAAAUGGUGGCAAGAAGUGUUCGCCGCACGCAAAUCCUGCAGAGUACAUGCUGGAAGUUAUUGGAGCUGGAAACCCAGAUUACAAGGGCCAGGAUUGGGGUGAAGUAUGGGCCAAUUCAUCAGAAUCCAAGCAGCUUUCUGAGGAUAUCGAGGAAACCAUUUCUUCUCGACGGGAUGCCCAGAGCGAUGAUACAACCAAAGAUGACCGCGAGUUUGCAAUGCCUCUACACGUUCAAAUAUUGGCAGUCACAAAACGCGCCUUUGUGGCAUAUUGGAGGAUUCCAGACUAUAUUCUUGGCAAAUUCAUGCUCCACAUCUUCACAGGUCUCUUCAAUACUUUCACAUUCUGGCACCUGGGAAAUAGUUACAUCGACAUGCAGUCGAGGCUCUUUUCUGUCUUCAUGACCUUGACCAUUUCUCCCCCGUUAAUCCAGCAACUCCAACCUCGAUUCCUACAUUUCCGGGGCCUAUACGAAUCUCGCGAAUCCAACUCGAAGAUCUACUCAUGGGCCGCCUUUGUGACAAGCACAAUCCUCCCAGAGUUACCAUAUUCCAUCGUAGCCGGAUCGAUUUAUUUCAACUGCUGGUACUGGGGCACCUGGUUCCCGCGCGAUUCAUUCAGUUCGGGCUAUGUUUGGAUGCUCCUCAUGCUAUUUGAACUAUAUUACGUCGGAUUUGGGCAAUUCAUCGCCGCAUUUGCACCAAAUGAGCUCUUUGCAAGUUUGCUUGUACCGUGUUUCUUCACAUUCAUUGCCGCCUUCUGUGGUGUUGUCGUUCCAUAUGCGGCCCUGCCACACUUUUGGCAAUCUUGGAUGUACUGGCUCACGCCGUUCCACUAUCUACUUGAAGGGUUCGUCGGUGUCAUUACGCAUAAUAUCCCCGUUCGCUGUGUUCCGCGCGAAGAAGCCCAGUUCAGUCCUCCACCUGGUCAGACCUGCGCGGAGUAUGCCGGGCCGUAUGCUCAGCAGGCUGGUGGAUCCGUACGAGAUGCCGGGAAUGGAAUGUGCUCGUUUUGUCAGUAUUCGAUUGGAGAUCAGUUUGCGAAAAGUCUCAACAUAUUCUACUCCCACAAAUGGAGGGCCUAUGGUAUAUUUUGGGGGUAUAUCAUCUUCGAUUUCGCCGUGGUCUUUGCUUUCUCCUGGCUGUAUUUGCAUGGAGUUCGGAACCUGAAGCGAUGGCUCAGUGAGCGCAAGACGAGAAAGAGUAAAGUAAACAGUUCUUGA